ACAAAUUCUAAACUACAAACCAAAUCAUCCCUUGUUCAACCUCCAGCCAUGGAAACUACCAUCAGCGACACUUUCAUCCAAUCCCUGGAGCACAGACCCAAACUCAAAGUCAAAGAAGUCAACGAAAUCCCACUCAUCGAUCUCUCAACCUCAACACCCGCCGAUCUCAAACGGGUCGCCUCAGAAAUCGGGAAUGCCUGCGAGAACUGGGGUUUUUUUCAGGUAAAAAACCACGGAGUUCCCUCGGUGCUCCGUGCGAGAAUCGAGGAGACAGCGAAAGCGUUCUUCGAUCUGUCUCUAGAGGAGAAGAGGAAGGUGAAAAGAGACGAAGUGAAUCCGAUGGGGUAUUAUGAUAGUGAGUACACUAAGAAUGUAAGAGACUGGAAAGAGUUGUUUGAUUUCAUGUUGCAAGAUCCAACUCUCGUUCCGGCUUCGCUUGAUCCUGAUGUUAAGGAGUUGAGGGUUAUAAGGAAUCAAUGGCCUGAUUAUCCUCAUGAUUUUAGGGAGACAUGCGAGGAGUACGCAAGAGAAGCAGAAAAGCUAGCAUUCAGGAUACUGGAAUUAAUAUGUUUAAGCUUAGGAUUAACUGAUUUCAACCCCCUGAAAGACUAUUUUAAAAGGCAAAUAAGCAUGUUAAGACUGAAUCAUUAUCCUCCUUGCCCUAAUCCUGAGUUAGCCCUUGGAGUUGGCCGGCACAAGGAUCCUGAAGUCUUAACUGUUCUUGCUCAAGAUGAUGUUGGAGGAUUGCAAGUGAAGCGGAAAUCCCAUGGUGACUGGAUUCAUGUCCGACCCAUCCCAAAUACUCUUAUCAUAAAUGUUGGUGACAUCGUGCAGGUAUGGAGCAACGAUAGGUAUCAAAGUGCAGAGCACAGAGUGGUGGUUAACUCCAAACGAGAGAGAUUCUCCAUGGCGUUCUUUUUAUCCCCCGGUCAUAACGUUAUGGUAAAACCUCUUGAGCAUCUUGUGGACGAACAAAAUCCUGCCAAAUUCAAAGAGUACAAUUGGGGGAACUUCUUCGUCGCUAGAAACCGAAGCGAUUACAAGAAACUCGAUAUCGACAACAUCCAAAUCGACAAUUUUCGGGUGUGAUCUGGACAAUAAUUUUCAUAGAUAAUCGAUAUAGCUUAUAAUAAACGAUCUUGUGAGAAUAAAUUAAAUUAUCUCCCGUAGUUAUAAGCUUAA